AUCGGGGGAUAUCAGCAAGUCAGGGAUCGGAUUUGAGCAACUUUGGUCAAUAUUCUGUCUUUUUGCAAAAUUCCGUCGCAACUCCCCUUGCGACGCCGCAAAAUUUCGUCUUUCAGACGCAGCAAAAGUGCGUCGGCCCUCCGGAGUGCAAAUUCAACUCAAGAGUCGCCAUUUUAAGCUCUCGGGUUUAUAGGGGAUGUAGCCUCAUGUAAAAGUACGCUAGAGUUGCGCACAAACUGCGGCCGGCUGCUCCUAAUGGCGCAGGAAGAAGCCUUCCGCCGCCGCAAGCUGAAUUUUAACGAGGAGGAGACCGAGGUCCUGAUCCGUGAGGUGACACUGAAUCAGGAGCAGCUGUUCGGUAGAGGUGUCGCCAAAAUUCCACCAGGGGCCAAAACUAAGAUCUGGCUCUCAAUACUGGCCAAGGUUAAUGCUGUGUCCAAGUGUACCAGGGACAUAGGAGACAUCAAGAAGAGGUGGUAUGACAUGUGUCAUCGGACGAAGGAUAAGGUGGUCAGGCUGGCCCAGGAGGCAAUGCAGAGUGAGCGGAUUGCCAAUACUCUGCAGCAGGAGAAUGCCCUCCAGAGCGUUGCUAACUAUGACCCAGCCGCACUCAGUACCAGCAACGACAGUGAGCCCAGCACCAGUGGGACCAGCCGGGACGGCCACGUGAGCAGGGACAGUGGCAGCCAGCGGAAGAAACCUGCACUACCCAGCAAGAUGACUUGGCAAGCCAAACAGGUGCCAGUGCAGCCAUUGCCAGAUCAUCCAGUCCAGUGGCCACCGGUCCUGCUAUUCACUAUGGGCCAGAAUGCUGCAGAGGAGAGCAACCAGGAGCCUCAAGGUCACCAAGCUAAUGUAGACUUCCACGAGACCAUUGUUGAUGUGAAACAGGAAGACAUUAGUUCAAGCGUUGAUGUGGAUUAUUCUUCUCCAGAAAUUGGAUCUCCAGUAGUCUCCCGAGAAGAAAGUCCAUUCCAGCUGGGGAAGAGAGGGCGUAAGCAGAUUUCCGAGGAAGAACUAUUAGGUAUCCAGGAGCAACACAACCUAUUACUCGGGGUUGGCAAUGAUGAGUUGCAUGGCAUUAGGCAGGAAUUAAGAGAGCUCCGAAAUGACAUUCAAGAAUUGGCCACAACUAUCAGACAACCCUUGGAGCGUCUGGCAGAUUAUGUACAGGCACUCCUUCCGUUGUUGCAGCAUCCUCCUCGUCCCCACAUGACAGAGACGACUGAUGCUUUCACACAGCACGAUAACAGGGAGUCCAGUGAGUUCCAGUCUCGUGGCUGCCGGACUGGGCGAAAAGCCCGCAAGAGAGCAAAGGUCAAUGUGCAAUAAAGACAAGUUCUGGUAAAAAUGUCAGAAACAAUCAGCAGUCCAGGCAGUAUCUGUGGAAAGUGAAUGAAUUAAUGUUUCUGGCAGGGAGCCCUUCUAUAGAAUUGGGAAAGAGAGAAAAAACAAACUUGUUUCUAAUGUAAGUUUUUUUUUUCCCUAGAAUGCCUACAUUGAAAAUGUUCUCCGAAGGGACCUCUAUUUGUCCCUUGCCUCAUUUUGCCAAAGAGUACCUGACAUGAAGCACUAAUUAUUUCUCUGCU